CACACCCUGGAAACAAGCCAUCUUUUCAUCGCUUGAGUGACGAAACGUAUUUCUUUGAACCACAAAGUGGAUUAACCUGCGAAUAUGGCCAGAGGUCAAGGCAUCAAUCGGGAGCUCUCAGAUGUGCUAAAUGAACUGUGGAAGCUGGAUGUGAACCGCAUGAAACCUGGAAAAGACUAUAAAAUCAACCUACAGGGGAAGGCUGGCUUUGUAGCUGAGGGCAGUAACAAUGCCAGGGACAGUGCUAGAGCUCCUCUCUUCGCCUAUGUCAAUGAAAACAAGCUCAAAAGCAUUGAUACUUACGCCCACUUUAUAAAUCUGCUGGACAAUUAUGAGAUGUCUACAGGAGUGACUGAGCAUGUGACACACGAGGAGCUUCAGGAAAACCAUCUUUUCCUGGAUGCCGUUCUGAAGACAGAGGUCAUGAAGUGUGCCCACAGGUAUUUAGUAUGCAAAGGUCUAGCCCAGUCGGAUCCAGCUCAGUUUAAGAGCCAGCUCUAUGAUAUCUGGUUUAAGCUCUAUCGCAGAGACAAAAGUGGAGGUGAAGAUUCAUGUGGAUUUGAGCAUGUGUUUGUUGGUGAAACCAAACAUGGUAAAGAGAUCAUGGGCCUCCACAACUGGGUCCAGUUUUACCAUCAGGAGAAACACAAUCAUGUGGACUACAAAGGAUACAAGGCCAGAAAUAACAAGGACACGCCAGACGAAGACGAUCACGUCUUGAACCUGCAGUUCAGCUGGAAUGGCCUGGUCAAGCCGGUGGGCAGUUGUUUCAUUGGCGUCAGCCCAGAGUUUGAGGUGGCUCUCUUUACUAUCGUCUUCCUUCUGUCUGAUAGGCGUGUGACCAAUGUUACAGUGAAGGUGGAUGAGUACCUGCUUGAGAUUGUGGUGUACAGAUUCGGGCGCUCCAUUGGGACUUCAUACCCCAAAAUGAUCAGCAGCAACAACCGGGAUUUCUAAAUCUUACUGCAAGGUCAUACCUGGUACGAUUUGGAAAAAAGAGGCUAACUUAGAUAAAGUGGGCUUGAUUAAAAUAAUCAGUACUACAGCUUCUUAAAUCCUUAAUCUUGAACUGUAAGUGUGAAAUAUAUAUGUGACCAAUAUGCUUUAAAUUGUUUUUUGUUAGAUUACAAAUGAUCCGUCCAAUUUUAUAAGGAAUCUAGUUUGUACUGCUAUAAAAUUCUGCUUAAUUAUACAGUUAUGUGCAAAAAAAAUAGCAAACCAUCUGUUUGCACUCAGGCCCUGAUAGUGGUGUGAUCUUUAAAUGGCAUAGAAAUGUGUGUUUAGCCUAUAAGCUAUAUAAACAGCUGUUUUGCGUUAGAUGCACUAAUGUUAAUUUCAAAGAAUAUAGACAUUUUUACUAUGUUUUUUUAAACGCAAUGCUAACAGUGAUUUAUGCAUAGAAGUUUUGCAUAGGCCCAAUAUAACUGCUGCAAGCUUUUAGAAAUCAUAUGCUUUUUUGUUUAUCAAGCAAGAGAGUUACAAAUCAGAAAUGAAACACUUAUUUGUAUUUUUUUUUCUGAGACUUAAGCCAUCCAAACUUUUUGACAAUGGAGUGUACUUUUUGAAUGGCUUGGGCGCUCAACUGCACUAGAUGGAGUGGAAUGUGGAAAAUGGGUCUUUGUAGAUGAAGAAUAUCACUUACACUUUUGCUACUUAUCCGUCCUUGAAACUCUGUAGCCUAAAAAUUAUUCUGCACAAAACUCAUUUAGCUUUAUAAUGUAAACGAAAUGGAUACUUUGAAGUAUGUACUAAAACAUUGCUGUUACAGUAAAAUAUGUGCCUUAUGUUUGUUACAAUAAAGACCUUUU